GCUCAAGUCAACAUUUUACUUAUACCUCGACCUCAAGUACCGAUAUAGACUGACCGCCCAAUUUGAUCUUGAAUAUGAGAAUAUCAUCAUGUUUAAAUCUGCUAGUUUGGCCGCCGUUGCGGCUUUGAACGGAGAUGGUGCAGAGGAAUUUGACACGCAGAGGUGUCUGCAACUGCAAGAAGAAAUAAUAUCGAGUAGUCCGGAGAGACCUGCCGCGGAUAACGAUAUGUCAUUUCCCGUCGUCGCGUCAAGCCAUUAUAAUUAUGAUAUCGACGCGACAAACAACGUGCGUCAUGAUACAGGAAACGAGAAACAGCACAAUAAAGGCCAGGAAGUUUUGGAGGAGAUGAAAGCCGCCAGAGAAUCUGAUGCCAAUUCUCAAGGAUGCGAAGAAAGUCCAUUACAUCCAAACUCUGUACAAUCCAAACGAACGAGAGCUGGUCUACCAGUAUUGCCAACAGUGAAACCAAACAAUGGAAAUACAUUGAGGUCAUCCAAUAUUAACGGCAACCCAAUUCCCUUGCCUUGUGCCCAGUUGAGAGCAAUGGAGGGCGAGGAAUAUACUCAAAAGAGUAAUUUAUCUUUGACUCAAGAGAAUCCUGAGUCUCUUUACGAAGCCUUAGAAUUGCAAAGGUUAAGGGACCAGGCUGUUCUCGGAACAAAUGCCGAAUUUUCCUCAAGCCUAUUAGUACCAAUCGAACAGGACGAUCUGCCAGGUCCACAGUCAAACGGCAUAUAUGGAGACCCCAAUUCUACGCACACUGAGUCGACUGCACGUACAUACGAGGAGAACGACAUGGGGCACAUAAACUUUGAUACAUUUCAGCCAACAUCGGCACCUGAUGAAGGUUAUUUCCAAUCAGAAGAUCCGCCUGCUGUCCAUAGUACUCAAGAUCCUGUGCAAGACACUCUUCUUGACCCUCAGACUCCGGCUCCGUCAGUCAACCCAUUUUCCGAAAAGGGUAGUAUAAUGAAACAGCAUGAGCUCUUUGGCGCAACACAACCAUCAUCAAUUGGACGACUUGGUGGGAGUCCUACAUCCUCCAGGCCAUCGCCUAAUAUUUAUGGGGGAUACCGAUCCUCACAAGAAGCUGAAUCCUCACCGCUUGUACGACGCUCGGAGGCGGCUAGCGCAGCUACCCAAAAAACUAGGCGAUCAAUUGUCCGCUCAACAUCUACUGAGACUCCUGCUUCAAUCGAACCUGCCCCAGUACCAAACAAUGUUCAAUCUUUUAAUUCCGCUCUUCGAAAAUUGGCGUUGGUACGUGAGCCUCAAGAUACAUGGAUAUCCAUGAAAGAGUCUCAAGAGAGAAGAAAUAACUUGAUUGAGCGUGAGGUAUCUUCUGGCUCGGAAUCGGAUUCUGAUAUUGAGGCACUACCUAAGAAAUACCAAAAGGCGGCGAGAGAGAAGAAGAGGUUACGCGCUCAGACAGCCUUGAUUGGGAGAAGACCAAAUUCAUCCGGGAAGCCGAAUUCCGCAAUAGAAGUCAAUCCAGUUGCUGCCACAGCUAGUACACAUCAAAGGUCACUUGAUCAUCAGCGCAAGUCUUCAGAAGUGGCAUCUUCUCAUGUAACUCAAGCCUUCGAAUCCACUCCGAUAGCCGUGGAGGUUCCUGCUAGUGGCCGACGUCGAAGUAUGCAGGAGGACUACGUAGCCCAGUGUGAAGGUUUUGAUGCACGGGACACCCAGCCAACACAGCAGGAUAUGGUUGCCGAUUCUCAAGGUGUUCCCUUGUCAAGUAACAUUGUUAUAAGUUCUCCAGUGCCAGGACCACGAAAUCGAGUGCCAGCCUGCUCUAAUAUUGAAAAGACAGGCCCGGAAUCAACGAGCCCAUCUCAGACGCUACCAAAUAUACUAGAACGGCAUCUAAGCCAGGACCUGAGCCAGCCUUUGGGAAGCAAAAACGUCAAUAAUGCAGAUGGAAACCAAGGGAAAGAUCCCACUAUGCCUGCCCCGUCCGACCAGAAAAUGACUGCAUCAUCCAAUGAAGUACCUGCCAGCAACGCUUCUAAAAACCAUGUCACCCAAAUGCAUAAUGAAAUCUCGGACAGCGUCACUUUCGCUGUCCCGGAGACUAGCCCAGCUACUGAUCGAUUAAUCCCCAUGACUGAGAUCGCAGAAAUCUCUCUCAGCAUAGCGAACAAUGAUGAGUUAGAUGACUUACCAGGAUUUAAUAUGGACGAUGAGUUUAACGAGGUUAUUGGUGUACCUGCUCAUCAUACCCCGAAACGCCAGUCCCAGUUUCAACCAUCGCUAGCCGCUACGCCUAGUCGUCUUGAAAUCGUCCCUAACGGCUCUGCUGCUACACCCUCGUCGGGACUUUCAUCGGCUCCCAGUACAAUAGAGCCUCCCACUCCUGUUGCAAAAAAUCUUUUGACUUCUGUAUUUCGAGAUGUCUCUGAAGUAGAGGCGGUUGAUGGUAACUCACCUGGAAUAGAACUGUCGACUGAGUCUUCUAACUUGGGAUUUCCAGCAGAUACUUUUAAGGCUGCUCCGGAAGACAUUUCUUCUCCGUUGGCUUCAACUGAGCAUGAUGCGAGGCCUUCCCAAACAACUCCGAAUGAGGAGUCACAACUUCCAUCGGCCAAAGCCGAGCAAGAAAUCGUACACCAAAGCACGCCACGCAAAUCUACCCGGAUCUCGAAGGGCCAAUCGACAAAGCCGACUAUCACGCAGCCACAACCAAAAGUUGCUCGAAACACAAGACUUUCGAGUGUGUCGUCGACAAUUUCGAAUCCUCUUUCAUCCACUGCUGAGUCAGAUUUAUUAUCUCCAUCUGUUUCUUACCCUAAUCCAAAUACAGGAGGCAGAUCAAGAGGCCGAGCGAGAGGCAGUGCUGCUACUAAGGCCAAGGGAUCAAUUGGCGGAACUGCUUUGCCAGCUAUGAAAAAACAUCGUACCCGUAGCUCUGUGGAUCCAGAGGAGCAAGAAGAUGCUAUUUCAGCACCCCUCUCAAAUCAAAAAUCAAUUUUGUCAUCACAAGGAGAUAGUGAAGAUCCACUGGCGCUAUCGACACCGCCUUCAAAAAUCUCGUUGAAUAGUAAGAGGGCAAUGAACAGUCUAUUUGAGGGAAUGGCUUUCGCUGUCUCAUACGUCGAUGCAGAGAAAGAUAAACAAGUUGCUAUCCAUUUAAUCAAACAAAAUGGCGGUCGAAUAUUAGAUGACGGAUUUGAGAACUUAUUUACUCCGAUGACUCCACCCUCCAAGUCUCGUACUGGAUCCAGUGAAACAGCAGAGGCGGAGCUUGAGAUUGCCUCUUCGGAGAUAAAAAUUGGUUUCGUGGCAUUAAUUGCAGAUGAACAUUCGAGAAAGGCCAAGUAUAUGCAAGCGUUGGCUCUUGGGCUCCCAUGUAUCUCCGGGCGAUGGAUUUCUCAUUGUGUUGACAAAUGUACUAUUAUCGAUUGGUUACCAUAUCUUCUCUCGGCUGGGAACUCUUCAUUCCUAGGUGGAGCUGUGAAAAGUCGUUAUCUACGCCCGUAUUCUGCUUGCAGUGCAAAUCUUAGCGAUACUUUCACUCAGAGACCAAAAUUACUCGACGGGAAAUCGAUUUUGAUCGUUACUGGAAAGGGAAAAACUGGCGAGAAGCGGAAACCGUACACGUUUUUGACCCGUGCUCUUGGUCCAACCCACCUUGGCCAGGCACAAGAUCUCAAACAAGCGAAAGAAAUGCUUCUCGAUGCAGAAAGCAAAAACGCUAGCUAUGAUUGGCUUUAUGUGGAUGGAAAGCAGGAUGUGGAGGCAGCUGUGUUCGAGAAUACACCGGCGAGCACUUCAGUUGGUGGCCGAAAACGAAAGCGAGCCUCGAUCCAAGAAGAGCACGCGACACCACCAUUGCCCAAACGUAUCAGGAUUGUCAAUGACGAGGUCAUGAUCCAAAGCUUGAUAUUGGGUCAACUUAUCGAGGAUUGAAAAUCCUCAGAUUUCAGUUCAGAACUUUUUGGGGGUAUCACAUUACCAUGUAACGAUUAAGAUAUGCAGAAUUCAUGUAUAGCAGGACAGACCAUGGGCAUAUAAAUUAAUGGAUGAUUUGGUCACAAACGGCGCAUAAAAAGGUGGGAUUGUAUGGGAGAGCUUGCUUGUAUCAAUGGAUGAAUGGGAAUACCAAUUUACUUUUGGGGCGUUUUGCUAGAAGGGCUAUAGAGAAUUGAUACGGGGUUGAAGUGUAAGAUAUUUUGCGAGCUGAAGAUUGCUAGACACUAGUCAGACGAAUAAUGCAGUUGAUGUUCUGAUUUCGCGUAGUUUUGAGGGUGGUAUAAUGCUUGAUGUGUAGGUAGUGUUGAUAUCUCUAGUGAUGAUGUAGGCUCUGUUGGUCUUUGUGUAUAGUGCAUGAGUAUGAGUCUUAUUCAAAUUCCAUGCUUCAAGCA